AUGACUCAUAUAGAAGAAAAAUUGUAUUUACAAAGCGUUUUUAAUGCUAUUGAUGAGGUAUAUAAAUUUAAAAGUCAUCAUCAUCAUCAACAACAAACAUUAACAUAUGAAGAACGUUUACGUGCUUCAUUCAAUAAAUUACUUCUACCUGAUUGGUACAAUCAUGAUUAUACAUCUAUUAAUGAACUACGAAAAACAAAAUCAUAUGGACAAGUACUUCAUACAAAACAAUAUGUUAAUAAUACCUCUAAUUUAUUAAUAUCAUCUUCAAAUAAUUCAACUUAUUUAUCUAAUGAUACAACACAUCGACAUCGAUUACCAAGUCAAUCACGGUCAGAACAGUUGCCAUCAAGACGUAAUUCAACAACAUUAACUAAUGAUACAAAUGGAAAUAUUAUUAUUGAUAGUCAACGUUCGACCAAUUCCCAUGAAACAUCAACAUAUGCAUCAGGAUUACAACGUGUUAUUCAAUCAUCAACAUGGUAUAAACCAAAAAUAUUUACUAAAAAUAAUAUCAAUGAUUAUUCAAUAAAACCACCAAAACCUUUACCAAGAUAUUCAAAAAUACAUCAAGAACACAUAAACUCAACGGAUUCAUCUUUUCCAUCAUCAACACCAAAGAUUAUAAUUACAGAUUCUAUUUCUAAUGAAAAUAUUCGACAUCCCAUAAAACCUCGAACAAUGUCACAAGUGUCCAUAUCAAGCAAAGAAAUCGAUGAUGAAUCUCUCCUACAAAAUAUUUCACUCGAUAUAUCAUCUGAUGGUGACAUGACAAUUGUUCAAAAAUCUACAUCGUCACGGACUGAUGACGUUUUAUCACUGACGCACACUCCUAUUAUAUCUAAUCCUCAUAUUAUUACCACUACAAAUAAUAACACAAAUCAAUCCAUGACAACAAAUAUUUCUCGAACGAAUUCAACAAAAAGUAUUUCAUCCGAUGGACAAUCUUAUCAUUCAGUGAUUUUACCAUCAUCGGAUAGAAAUCUUUUAGUCACAGAUUCAUCAUCUUAUGCUAGUGUAAAUGAUCAAUGUUUGUCAGCAACGACAUCAUCAUACUAUACAGCCGUAGAUGAUGAUAUAUCAUCAUCAUCGUCAUCACUAGCUGGCUAUGAAACACCGACACUUAAAUUAGAUAAUGAAAUAUUAUCUUCACAUAGUUCAUUAUCGGAUUUAAGUCAUACUGAAACAUUGGAACCUAAUGUUGAAGACCUCGACAUCGUCGCCAUUUCAAAAGAAGAACAAAAGCCCACCAUCAUCCCUUCAGUCAACGUUGGCAUGGAGAAUUUACCAUCAUCACAUAUUUCUACUAAUAUUUCCAAUCCAUUGCCAUCGUUAUUUAAUGAUAAUUCACCAUCAAUCGAAUCUCGUCCUACUGAAAAUAUGAAUUGGUAUGAUGAUGGUUCGAUUGAAACAUGUAUUCAUCAAACAUCACAUCAAUCUCCAUCAAUUGAAUUACGUGAAAUAGAAAAUGAUGAAAUUUUACAUGAAGUUGAUUUAAAUGGUGUUGGUGAUGAAUUUUUUUUAUUUUCACCACGUAAUACAACUGAUGAUGAACCAUCAAGUUCAGUGAGUGAUGAUAAACAUGAAAAAGAAUUUGAACAAGUGACUCAUUCAAAACAAAUGUCAAAACGUAUAUAUACAAAAGAAAAUAAAACAGAUGAAGAUGAUUCGACAGCAUUAUUCGAUGAUUUUCAUUGUUCAUCAACAGUUGAUGCAUUUGGUUUUAAAACUAAUAAUAAUAAUAAUAAUAAUAAUAAUAAUAAUAAUAAUUCAUCAAUAAUGAUAACAAAUUUAGAUGAUUUAUUAAUGGAUGAUUAUGAUGCUGAUGAUGAUGAACACAAUCAUUUAAAAGAUUCAUCAACUUAUUUAUUAAAUGCAAGUUUUCGUCGUCCUAUUCAAGAAGAUAUUUUAUAUGAAGUUGAACAUGAAAAUAGUUUUUCCGAUAAUAGUCAACAUACAACAUCAGUGAUCAUAGCUGAUGAUAACACUUCAAUCAAAAUUGAUUCAAAUUUGGACUUUCUUAUGUCAACAGAAGAACCAAUCAAAACUGAUGUCAAUCAAUCAACAUCAGAAGAAAAAAUUUUACAAUCUAAUGAAAAUAAUUUUUUAUCAAAACAAAUAAUAAAUGAACAUAACACAUUACCAACUUAUAAUUUACCCAAAUUUUAUACAACAACAGAAAAAUCUUCAUCAAUUCAUAUUGAUACAUCUAAUAAUAAAAAUAUGUACAACUGGGAAUCAUCAAAUCAUCACUAUCCAAAUUUAUCCAUAUCAUCAAGUCCAUCAUCACCAUAUACAUCAAAAAUUCGUCAUCGACAUUAUUCUGUUGGUUCUUAUUAUGAUAAUAAAACAACAACAGUAACUUUAUAUCCUAAUCAUACACUUUAUUUACUUGGUAGUGCACCAGUUAGUCCAUUAAAUCGAACAUCAACAACAACUUGUGAAUCACAUUAUCAUUUACAUCAUCAUCAUAGUCCAUUAUCAUAUGGAACUAUGCCAUUAAAUACAUAUCGACGUAUAAAUCCAUAUACUGAAACUAAUACAUUAAUAUCAAAUUCUGAAUAUCAACCAUUAUCAUCAACAUCUAUUGAUAAAAAUGAACAUUAUCAAACAACAAUAAUUCAACCAAUGAAACAAACAAAUAUACCAAUUACUCAAACUGAAUCAACAACAACUGUACCUCAAUUAAUUUCUUCAUCAUCAACACAUACAAGUUCAAUAACAUUUCCACAAUAUGAAAUAUCAAAUAUUCUUCCAGAAACUACUUCAAUAUUACCUUCAUCUCAAGAUGAACAACCACUUGUACGUCCAAAAACAAGUCGAGGACGAGUACCUCUUGUACCACCAUCACCACCACCUCGUACAACAUUCAUAGAAAAAGAUAAAACACAAACUUUAAAUCUUGAAAAUGAUAGUAUAUCAACAGAUAAUGAUAAACCAACAACAAUAAAUGAUGAUUUAAAAUUUAUUCGUGGUACAAUUGAACGUGUUUUUGAACAUCAUGGUGAAUCAACAACAAGUGAAUCAAGUACAUAUUAUGAAGAUAUAUCCGAUGAUAAUAAUGAAUCUAUAUCAUUAUCAAAUAGUUCAAAAACUUUAUCAAAAAAAGAUAAUCAAUAUCCAUCAGUCGAAGCUGUACAACGUUUUUAUCAUAAUAAAACACCAUCAGAUUCUGAAAAAAAACUUUCUAAUAAACAAAUAACAAAUCUUGAUGAUACACCAAUUAGUAAUCAUUCUUCAACAUCAAAUAAAUUAUAUUCACGUUCAAAUCCAAUGAAUAAAAAAAAACCAAAUCUUUCAAAUUCAUCUGAUAAUGAACAAGCUACAUCAGAAGAAAUUGAUGAUACAUUAAAUGAUAUUGAAGAAGAUGAUUAUCCAGAUGAUAAAUUAAAACGUCGAACAAGAUAUAAUAGUUCACAUACAAGUAAUGAAAAUUCACCAUUACAUUCAUUAAAUAAUCAAACAAAAACAAAGAAAACAUCACAAGAAACACAAACACUUCAACGUAGAGAACAACCUAUUCUAACAACGAAAAGUACAUCAGGUUCACAAACAACAAUUCAAUCAUAUGAAACAGCUCGUUCAAGUAUUCCACCAGUUGAUAUCGUUACGCAAAUGGUUAUUGAACGUGAAGAUAGUAUUGAUGAUGGUCAUAUAAGUGAAAUAUCAGGUGAUAUGAUUGUAUAUUAUGAUGAUAUUGAAAUUGUUGAACAUUCAUCAAAUCUAAGUACAACUGAAUCAGAUUCAACAUCAUCAAUAAAUAAAUCUCAUCAUAAAUCAAAACCAAUUGAAUCUCUUGUAUCAUCAUCAUCACCACCACCACCACCAAUUCCAGCACGUACAUUAAAACCAAUACAUUUACUUGAUAAUCAACAACAAUUAUCAUCAACAAUAAAAAAUGAACCAAUUAAUUUAUCAUCAUCAAAAAUAAAUCGAACAUAUGAAUUAGAAAAAUCAAUAAUACGUAAAAAAUUUGAUGUUAAUACUGUUAAUACAAUGCUUAAUAGUACAGAUUAUUUUAUUGGUCCUAUUAGAACACAUCGUCUUCCAUCAGCAAGACAUUUUGUUGGUAAAAUAAAUGAUGAUGAUAUAACAUUACGUACUUCAACAAUAACAAAUACUAAUACAAUUUCUAAACCAUCAACAACAACAACAACAACAACAAUGGUUAAAUCACAAACAUUACCAUUACAAUCAAUUAAUACAAAUGAACAUUCAACAAAUAAUAUUCAAUAUACACCAAAAAAGAAUUCUUUAUCAACAUUACCUGUACGUGCUGUAUCAUCAAUUGAUACACAAGAAAAAUCUCGUUCAAU